UAGAACAACAACGACAAUAUCUUAUAAGAUCAAUCCAUGAAUUAUUUGAAUACCAUUCUGGACGCGGCCAUUUAGAAUAUAAGAAUCUUUUAUUCAUCGAUGCCAGAGACAGUUCAGACACUGAUAUUGCACUUCUUAGACAUCUGUUAAUGCAGAGAGCAAUUGACCAUCCACGAUGGGGAGAGGACAUGCCUACUGCCUGGGUUCCUUUAGAGUUAGAACUAUUACAGGAAGUUGAAAACGGUAACAACAUUAUCUCAAGAUCCCAGUUAGAAACAUUGAAUGCUGAAAACAAGACAUUCACUUUGACUCCAAACCAGCUUGAGGGUUUUCUGAAAAUUCAACAUUCGUUGGGAAAGUUAAUAUAUUUUGAUGAAAUGAACCUUAGAAAUUUUAUCAUUAUUAAUCCCGUUUACUUGAUAGAGAUACUGCGUUCCAUUGUCACUGAUAAACAGUUUUGGCCAAAAAAAGAAUCAUGUACGGAGUCAUUUCGACGUUUGAGAAAAGAGGGUAUAAUAAAAAAGAAAACAAUUUAUUUAAAAUGGGAGCAAGAUGAAUUCAGCCAUAUCCUUCCGUUCAAAGAGUUUAUGUUAGAUAUUUUAAUCCACCUUGAUAUCAUUGUAUCGCCACGUACAGAUCUGAAAAAUCUUCCGCUACCCCUUCACACCGUUUCCUUCUAUCUUGUUCCUUGUAUGAUUACAAACCCUGACAACACCAACUACAUAGCAACGUACUGCAAUGACAAAACCAGUAUAGUUCUUGCCUAUACGUUCGUGGAUGAUGUCAUUCCGCCAGCAUUAUCAUAUAGGUUUUUAGGUUCUAUUUUAACUAUGUGGGAUUUAAAGAUUUAUAAUGGAACACGUAUGAUUUUUUGCGAUCUUACGGUAGUUGAAAUCGAUGAUGAACACGACAUUGCUGUUCAAGUCAAAGAAAAGAGAGUAGUCGUAUCUUUAGUACAUCAUGAUAAUAAAACAAGAAUAGUACCAACACUGUCAUCUUCUAUCCAGGAAUGUCUCACCGCUGCUAUUUAUAGAAUCUCAGAAUUUUACUCGUCACUUUCUACAGAUGGUAGUAAUCAUCAAAGGGUUAACACGACAGUGCCCUUUGAAAUCGAAUUUGGUGUAUUUUGUCAAUCUUCAAUAUGUUACCUUCAUCAUCGGAAGAUGCCGUCAGCAAUAAAAGUAACAUGGAAAUGUCAUCAGCACAGAACAGAGCAUGAUGUCCGAUACCUACGUUAUUGGUAUGCUGAGAAGAAACCUGCAGAAAGUUGCUCAGACAUAUGUUCUGGUAUGUAUAUAGUUGAAAAAGGCAUUCAUUGUUGA